AUUUUAUAAAAAAAUAUAAUUUGUACUGGUAAAAAAAAGUUAUUGCUUGGAUACUCGCUAAAAACAAAUAAAAAUGCGUUUUUGGAAGCUUGUUUUGAGAAAGAAAAAAUCAUUACGUUACGUAAACGUCCGCAAGGAAUCCUUAAACAAAAUUCGAAUUGCUGUCUUUGGAUACGGUGGUGUUGGAAAAACUUCAAUAAUAAAAAGAUAUCUUUUUAAUGUAUUUGAAGAAAAUUAUAAACGUACAAUCGAAGAUGAUUAUACUCAGGUUAUAAAAUAUCGGAAACAAAUAUUUUUUGUUAAUAUACUUGAUAUGGCUGGGAGUUACCAGUUUCCUGCCAUGAGAAAACUUGCUAUUGAGACUUGCCACGGUUUCUUAUUAGUAUAUUCUAUUGAUAAUAAAAAGUCAUUUGAAGAAGUAAAAAGACUUUUGAAAAUAAUUAUUGAAACUAAAGGCAGAAAUGAUUUUCCCAUACUUUUAAUAGGCAAUAAAGAAGACUUAAAAAAUCGUGUAGUUUCAAAAGAGGAAGCAAGACAACUAGUAGAAAAUUUGGGUCCAAAAGCAGAGUUUUUAGAAACAUCUUCUAGGUAUAACUCGAAUAUUGAUCUAUCGUUUAAAAGUAUUAUUCGCUUGAUAGAUGAGGAAAAAAUUGAGACAUUCAGAGAAAAAACUAAAAACAUGCAAAAUGCUGAUAUUCAGGUACGCGCUACAACAGCAAGCAUCAAAAACGUUACUAAAAAAAACUGUAAUAUUCGAGAAAGGAAAUAUGGGUCAAUUAAUAUUAGAUCAUUUUUAAACUGUAGAGAAGAAAACGUUUAUCGAUUGUAAAAUGCUUUUGUUCUAUAAUAGAAAUAUUUUUCCUAGGAA